GAAUAAAUAAAUAAAAAUCUUUAAAAAAAAUACUAAAAUAUGUAGCACUUGGUAUGUGCCAAGCGUUGUUCUAAAUCUUUACAAUUAUUGGUUCAUUUGUCAUCGUCCCGGCUUUAUAGAUGAGGAAACAGCAUAGAGAAGAGUUCUGCUCUUGAUUACAAAGCUGGUAGGUGGGGGUUUGAAACCAGGCUGUCCCCAUUAUGUUUGUUUGGUUCUGUCUUCUUCCUUGCCAUAUUCCCAAUGUCUAGAAUACUGUCUGUCAUAUAGGAGGUGCUUAAGCAAAUCCCCGUGAAGCUCAUGUUCUAAUGGUGCAAGACUCGCAGUAAACAAGAAUGCGAGACUGCUUCUGAUGGGUCUUAAAAAAAAAAUCUUAUCCCUCUUAUGGCUUCCCGUUCUGUCUAGAAUGAAGCAUGAGCUCUGUUCCUGGCAGAGGAGGCCCUACGGCAUCUGGCCCCCCACCUACCUCUCCCUGCCUCACACCUCCUACGCUCCCAACACACUGCCAGUUUGCAUUCCUCCAACACACCGAAUUAGGUCCCGCUUCCGGGCCUUUGCAACAGCCGUGCCCUCCACCAGAAAGCUCUUUGCUUUGCUAUUCGUAUGGCCGGCUCCUUUUGGUCAGCAAAAUUGUUACCUCCGACGAAAGGAUUUCGUUCCCGCCCAUCCAGAGAAAGCAACCCGUCAGCCACUGCUUAACACAUUCCCUUCACCCCGGGGUGUGCGCGUCCUAGGUCGCUGUUUAUUUAUCCUUCAGGGUGUCUGUAUGCCAUCCUUCAAAACUCCCAGCUCUAGCCACUGGAUGGAGCCAGUGUAACCUACCUCCCAGCCUUUGUGCGCGCCGGGCAAUUCUGCCACGCAUCCCGUCUUCCUAUUCAAUUACACCUGUAAACCCGAUGCUGCCCUUAGGUUUCAAGACACCAAAUUCCGGCCUGCCAGAAUUUUCCUCAGUUGGGCAGUUCCCCUCCCCGCCAUAAGGAAAAUGGUUUUCGAAGUCUCGGGAAUGACGGCCUCCGCAGAACAAACACAGUGACCUGCGCUAAGGGUUCAUACGCACUCCUCAGGCCCCUUCUUAGGCGCGCCCCACCUCUCCCUGUGCCUCUCUCCCCUUGCCCACGCCCCAAGGUAGGGGCCUGGUGUGAAUGUUCCAGCCGAAGUGAUCUGCACCCGAAGGCUUCCUUCUGGCUCCUGGGCAAGCCGGCCCCAGUGAGCUCAGCCUUCUCAUAUCUCUGCCUUUUCCCAAGAAGAGCAGGAAAUGGCCAAACCCCAGGGACUCGUGACAUUCGAGGACGUGGCUGUGGAUUUCACCCCGGAGGAGUGGCAGUACCUGAACCCUCCACAGAAGACUCUCUACAGAGAAGUCAUGCUGGAGACCUACAGCAACGUGGUCUCUGUGGCAGGGCCACAGGCUACCAAACCGGACCUCGUCCUCAAAUUGGAGGUAGAAGAGCCACGCCCGGCAGAAACCAAAAUCUCCUGUUGGAGCUUUCCAGAAGCAGCCUGUCAAAUUGAUGAACAGAUAGAGAGACAGCACCAGGAUGACCAAGAUAGAUAUCUGUUGAUGCAAGUUGGAUUCCCUGACAAAAAAACAGUUAUCACCAAGACCGUCCAGGACUAUAAUGAAUUUGGAAAUGCACUUCAUCUGAAUACAAACCUUGUUGCUUCGAUACAAAGGUCCCACAAACAUGAGCCAUUUGGAAAUAAUAUGGUGGAUAGUUUAGACUUAUUUACCAGAAGUUCUGUAGGAAAGAAACAUGAUAAUGGAUGUGCAAAAUUAUUCUUCCAUACGGAGUAUGAGAAAACAACUCCUGGAGGAAAGCCCCACGGGUAUAAAGAGUGUGGGAAGGCCCUCAGGCGAAAGAAAGGGCUUAGUCUACAGGAGAGAAUUAAAAAUGGAGAGAAACCCUUCGAAUGCACCGCCUGUAGGAAAACCUUCAGCAAGAAGUCACACCUCAUUGUGCAUUGGAGAACUCAUACGGGAGAGAAACCCUUUGGAUGCACUGAAUGUGGAAAAGCCUUUAGCCAAAAAUCUCAGCUCAUUAUACACUUGAGAAGUCAUACAGGAGAGCGACCCUUUGAGUGUCCAGAAUGUGGAAAAGCCUUCAGGGAAAAGUCAACCGUCAUCAUACAUUACAGGACUCAUACAGGAGAGAAGCCUUAUGAAUGUAAUGAAUGUGGAAAAGCCUUCACUCAGAAGUCAAACCUCAUUGUCCACCAGAAAACCCACACAGGCGAGAAAACUUACGAAUGCACUAAAUGUGGGGAAUCUUUCAUACAGAAGCUUGAUCUAAUUAUACAUCAUGGUACUCAUACAGGAAAGAAACCCCAUGAAUGUAACGAGUGUAAGAAAACUUUCAGUGAUAAGUCAACUCUCAUUAUACAUCAAAGGACUCAUACGGGGGAGAAACCUCAUAAAUGUACCGAAUGCGGGAAGUCUUUCAAUGAGAAGUCAACCCUCAUCGUGCAUCAGCGAACUCAUACAGGAGAGAAACCCUACGAAUGUGACGUGUGUGGGAAAACCUUCACCCAAAAAUCAAACCUUGGUGUACAUCAGCGAACUCAUUCAGGAGAGAAACCUUUUGAAUGUAACGAAUGUGAGAAAGCAUUCUCUCAGAAAUCCUAUCUCAUGCUCCACCAGAGGGGUCAUACAGGAGAGAAGCCCUAUGAAUGCAGUGAAUGUGAAAAAGCAUUUUCCCAGAAAUCAUACCUCAUUAUACAUCAAAGAACUCAUACGGAAGAAAAGCCCUAUAAAUGUAACGAAUGUGGCAAAGCCUUCAGAGAAAAGUCCAAGCUCAUUAUACAUCAGAGAAUUCACACAGGAGAGAAACCCUAUGAAUGUCCCGUAUGUUGGAAAGCUUUCAGCCAAAAGUCCCAGCUCAUAAUACAUCAGCGAACACACACAGGGGAGAAACCCUAUGCGUGCUCAGAGUGUGGCAAAGCCUUCAGAGAAAAAUCCACAUUCACUGUGCACCAGAGAACUCAUACCGGAGAGAAACCCUAUAAGUGUGCAGAAUGUGGGAAGGCCUUUACCCAAAAAUCAAACCUGAUCGUACAUCAGAGAACACACACGGGAAAGAAGGCCCACGGGAAGGGCCACAGCCGGAAGGCAAAGCUCAUUGCACAUUAGAGAGUAGAUCGAGGGUGCCUGUUAACGUUCACGGAGGGAAAGUUUUGUCCGUUUAAUUAACAUUUUAAAAGUACCUUCCGAUUUC